AUGUUGAGAACUAAAGCAUGGUCGUCCUCUUGGCGUUUGGCCAACAGGAAGGUUCUGCAGCAGCGCACAGUUUUGAACACUGUCAGGGCCACUGCUGUGAGGACAUAUGCGUCCCAGGACAACUUUGUCAACACUACCAAUGCAGCAUAUAUUGACGAAAUGUACCAGGCCUGGCAGCAGGACCCAUCCUCGGUUCAUGCCUCCUGGAAUGCUUACUUCAAGAACAUGAAGGACUUGAAGAUACCUGCAUCCCAGGCUUUCCAGGCCCCACCUAUCCUGUUGGGCUCGCCACAAGGUACUCACGAGGCACCACUAUCCACUCUAUCCGGAUCUAACAUCGACGAGAACGUCUCUGUGCAUUUGAAAGUACAGCUGCUGUGUAGAGCUUACCAGGUGAGAGGUCACUUGAAAGCGCAUAUCGACCCACUGGGCAUCUCCUUCGGCAGCAACAAGAAUGCUACUAUCCCUAAGGAAUUGACCCUAGAUUAUUACGGAUUCACCGAGCGUGAUCUCGAUAGAGAAAUCAACUUGGGUCCAGGUAUUUUGCCUAGAUUUGCCAGGGACGGCAAGAAGUCCAUGACACUUAGAGAAAUCAUUGAGCACAUGGAAAAACUAUACUGUACCUCUUACGGUAUCGAAUAUACCCACAUCCCAUCCAAGGAGAAGUGUGAGUGGCUAAGAGAAAGAAUCGAAAUCCCUACCCCUUACCAAUACACAGUUGAUCAAAAAAGACAAAUCUUGGAUAGACUAACUUGGGCUACUUCUUUCGAGAGUUUCCUAUCGACUAAAUUUCCAAAUGAGAAAAGAUUUGGUCUAGAAGGUCUGGAAGCCGUCGUCCCAGGUAUUAAGACCUUGAUCGACCGUUCUGUCGAGAUGGGUGUCGAGGAUGUUGUUUUGGGUAUGGCUCACCGUGGUAGAUUGAAUGUUCUAUCUAAUGUGGUCCGUAAACCAAACGAAUCCAUCUUCUCAGAAUUCCAAGGCACAACAAAGAAGGACGUCGAGGGCUCUGGUGAUGUCAAAUACCACUUGGGUAUGAACUACCAAAGACCAACAACUUCUGGUAAGUACGUCAACCUAUCCUUAGUUGCAAAUCCAUCCCACUUGGAAGCCCAAGACCCUGUUGUCCUUGGUAGAACUAGAUCCAUCUUACACGCCAAAAAUGAUUUAGAGACAAAGUCGAAGGCAUUGGCUGUUCUUCUGCAUGGUGAUGCCGCUUUUGCUGGACAAGGUGUUGUUUAUGAAACAAUGGGUUUCGUUAACUUACCAGAAUACUCCACUGGUGGUACCAUUCACAUCAUUACCAACAAUCAAAUCGGUUUCACUACCGAUCCUAGAUUCUCCAGAUCCACACCAUACCCAUCAGAUUUGGCAAAAGCCAUCGAUGCUCCUAUCUUCCAUGUCAAUGCCAAUGAUGUCGAAGCAGUGACUUACAUUUUUGGAUUAGCUGCUGAAUGGAGACAAACAUUCCACACUGAUGCCAUUAUUGAUGUGGUUGGUUGGAGAAAGCACGGUCACAACGAAACUGACCAGCCUUCGUUUACUCAACCUCUAAUGUACAAGCAGAUUGCUAAGACUCCAUCCGUUAUUGAUGUCUACACCGAUAAGCUACUGAAAGAGGGCUCUUUCAGCAAAUCUGACAUAGAAGAGCACAAAAAAUGGGUGUGGGGAAUGUUUGAAGAAGCUUUUGAAAAGGCAAAGGACUACGUUCCAACACCAAGAGAGUGGCUAACUGCCGCUUGGGAGGAUUUCAAGUCUCCAAAAGAACUAGCAACUGAAAUUCUACCACAUGAACCAACAAAGGUCUCAGAAGAUAUAUUAAAGAAUAUCGGUAAGACUAUCUCUUCUUGGCCGGAAAACUUUGAAGUUCACAGAAACUUGAAGAGAAUCUUGAAUCAAAGAGGUAAGUCUGUCGAAACCGGUGAAGGCAUUGACUGGGCAACUGGUGAAGCUUUGGCUUACGGUUCUUUAGUGUUGGAAGGCCAUAACGUCAGAGUUUCGGGUGAAGAUGUCGAAAGAGGUACAUUCUCUCAACGUCACUCGGUUUUGCACGACCAAGCCUCUGAAGCCACAUACACUCCGUUAAAGAACCUAAGCGAUAAGCAAGCAGACUUCACUAUUGCUAACUCAUCUUUAUCUGAGUAUGGUGUUAUGGGUUUCGAAUAUGGUUACUCCUUAACUUCUCCAGAGAACUUGAUUGUUUGGGAGGCGCAAUUUGGUGAUUUUGCCAACACUGCGCAAGUUAUAAUCGAUCAGUUUAUUGCUGGUGGUGAGCAAAAGUGGAAGCAACGUUCUGGUCUAGUUCUAUCAUUACCUCAUGGUUACGAUGGUCAAGGUCCAGAGCACUCUUCUGGUAGAUUGGAGAGAUUCUUGCAGAUGGCAAAUGAAGACCCAAGAUACUUCCCAUCUCCUGAAAAGCUACAAAGACAACACCAAGAUUGUAACUACCAAGUUGUUUACCCAACUACUCCAGCCAAUUUGUUCCACAUUCUAAGAAGACAACAACACCGUCAAUUCCGUAAACCACUGGUUCUCUUCUUCUCCAAGCAACUAUUGCGUCACCCAUUGGCAAGAUCCAACUUGUCUGAAUUCACAGAAGGUAGCUUCCAAUGGAUAAUAGAAGACGUUGAACACGGCAAGGCUAUCGGUACCAAAGAGGAAACCAAGAAGUUGGUAUUGAUGAGUGGUCAAGUCUACACUGCUUUGCACAAGAAGCGUGAGCAAUUGGGUGACAAGACUACAGCUUUCUUAAAGAUUGAAGAACUACAUCCAUUCCCAUUCGCACAACUGCGUGAUACUUUGAACUCUUAUCCAAACUUGGAAGAAAUUGUUUGGUGUCAAGAAGAGCCAUUGAACAUGGGUUCAUGGAACUAUGUAGCUCCAAGACUACAAACUGUUUUGAAGGAAACUGAGCAGUACAAGGACAAUGUUGUAAGAUACUGUGGUAGAAGCCCAAGUGGUGCUGUUGCUGCCGGUAACAAGAAGUUGCACUUGGCAGAAGAAGAAGCAUUCUUGAAGGAUGUCUUCAACGAAUCUUGA